AUGUCAGUUGUCGAAAAAGGAUUGACGCCCAUCAUGCCGGCAGCCCACCGCGGGGAUAUCAAAAUCGUUGACGUUCUGGUACUACACGAAGAAUUUGAAGAAAACGGCCUGUCGAAACCAUUGGAUACAUACCAGAACGAAGCCCUAUGUAUGGCGGAUGCGUGUGGCCAAACGGAGGUGGCUAGCGUGCUUCUUGACUACGGAGCUGACAAAGACGCUCAAGCCGAGAACGCCCUGACACCGCUGGUUUGGGAAGCAUAUAUCGAUGCCCGAACGAACAAGAGAGCCACUGCUCUCCACUACGCUGCUCGAAAUGGGAGAUUCCAGGUUGCUCGAUUGCUAUUUGACUCCGGAGCAGAUGUCGACGCGUUGGGCGAUAAAUUGAACACACUAUUAAUGGAAGCUGUUCCAGAGGAGCAUUUAAAAGUUGGCGACUUGCUUCAAUCGAGCGGAGCGCGCAUUUAUAUGCCAGAUAAGCAUGAGCGCACAGCACUACACCUCGCGGUAGAGAGAGAAGAGCUCGCAGUGGUGAAAUUGCUACUGGAUAGUGGUGACGAUGUCUGGGUUUAUACGGCGGACAAUCAGGGAUUUACACCUCUGAUGACUGCGGCCUGGUGGGGGUAA